GCAUUCCACAAACCGGCUAAGCGAAAAAUGGCUACAUAUUGUAACGAGACAGUCGACAACUAUCUUUACUCUUCUUACAACCCUUAUUCCUACAAAUACCCCAAGUUCAAGAGCUGGAGGCAGAAAGCUUACUUCGCCAACUACGGUGAAGGUGAGCCCUGCUACGAUAAUUACCACAGAGCGCAGCUGAAGUCCAUCUUAUCUCAGAUCAACCCCAACCUCACCCCGCGUCUGAGGAAAGCUAACACCAAAGACGUGGGGAUCCAGGUAAAUCCGAAGACCGACGCGUCCAUCCAGUGCUCCCUGGGCCCACGGACGCUUCUGGCCCAGAAGCGUGAUGCCCUUCGCCGGCGGCGACAAGAGGUCCAGGUCCCAGGGAGCCCCAUCAGCGGCGGUGUCCGGUUCCCGCGCACUCACGCCGUUUACUCUCCGGUCGAGUCCAGGAGACUAGUGUCCCUCUUCAGAGAGGAGGAGAAGGACACGGAGCCUGAGGCCCCUGAGACGGUGGACAACACUGAGAAGGCGGAGAGUGCGGAGAAAGACGAGUACAGAGAGGGCGAGGAGAGCGCGACAGAGCCGCUUAGUCCCGAGGAAAAUGAAAAUAAACAGACGGAAACCGGUGAGCAGAAGAGAGACGAGACGUUGAAAACCGGACAAGACGAAGCCAGAUUCAAGGCUCGCGUGAGGUUCCAGUUUUUAGAGCAGAAGUAUGGCUUCUAUCACUGCAAAGACUGCAACCUACGCUGGGAAAGUGCUUAUGUGUGGUGUGUCCAAGGCACAAACAAGGUGUAUUUCAAGCAGUUUUGCAGAACAUGUCAGAAGUCAUUCAACCCCUACCGUGUUGAGGACAUAACCUGUCAGACUUGUAAGAAAUCUCGCUGCACGUGUUCGGUUACAUCACGUCAUGUGGACCCCAAAAGACCUCACAGACAGGACCUGUGCGGCCGCUGCAAAGGCAAGCGUCUCUCCUGUGACAGCACAUUCAGCUUCAAAUACAUCAUCUAGCACCUGUCCGUUGCCCAGCUGGAUUGUCCACCUCAGUCUCCGCAUCCUUGUCGCUCAAAGACUGCAGUGGGGAUCCAUCAGUCACUACAGUCUCAUUUCUUUUUGUUUUGCUUUAAUUUUGUACUUAAAGUAACUGUAGAUGCCAAUUCUGGAAAUAAAAAUGGUGGUUACUAGCACAA